AUGAUCAGGCUACUGCUUCUUCUCCUGCUUAUCAACAAUGGCAGCAGUCAUGACGAGUGCAAAGAAUUAUCUUGUGGACCUAACGAACCGCUUAUUAGUUUUCCCUUCCAACUUGUUAAAGGGUCACAAGAUCAAUGUGCUUAUCCUGAGUUUUGCCUAUAUUGUACUCAAUAUAACAAAACCAUGAUUGUGCUCUCUACCACUUCAGGUCUUGUUAACUUCUUUGUCUCUAAUAUUAUCUACGAAAUACGCUUGCUUUCAAUUUCGGAUCCAGAGAAUUGCCUUCCGAAUAAGUUUUUGAAACUUAACAAUUCAUCAUUUCUACCUUACCAAUUUUAUUCACUAUCAGAAACAAAAUAUUCCUUCUUCAAUUGCUCUUCAUCUAGGAAACAACACUUAAGAAACAUUGAGCAAACGUAUUUAAAUUCACAAGAUAUGAUCACAUGUCCAAUUUACGCCUCUAAUUCCCAAGACAGUGUCCUCACAUUAGACCUUGUAUCAUGUACCAAGAUGUUUGACGUUCAAAUGUCCACCGCGGCAGAAUACUUGUCGUAUAAUCAACUGCGUUUGAGUUGGCCCAGACUAAAUUGUACAGAGUGUGAAGCGAAAGGCAUGACAUGCAAAUGGAAGAACAAUAGCACGAAAGGCGAAACUGAAUGUUUUGAUUGCAACAAUAAACGGAAAACAAUUCAAAUUCCAAAUUCUCUUAUAUAUGCUUCUACAGUUAAGGUUUUUCUAGGUUCAAUUUUUUUGGCGCUGGUGCUCAUCGCAUUAUUUAAGAUACAUCUCUAUUUUAGAAAGAAAGAAGAGGAUCAAAUUAGAGUUGAUAAAUUUUUAGAGGAUUAUAAAGCACAAAAGCCUACAAGAUUUUCAUAUGCUGAUUUAAAAAGAAUCACGGGCGGGUUUAAGGAAAAGCUUGGCGAAGGAGCUCACGGAACUGUGUUCAAAGGAAAGCUCUCAAGCGAGAUACUUGUGGCUGUGAAAAUGCUCAACAAUACAUCGGGAGAAGGAAAAGAGUUCAUCAAUGAAGUGGGAAUUAUGGGCAAAAUUCACCACAUCAAUGUCGUUCGCUUGCUUGGUUUUUGUGCUGAUGGAAUCCACCGUGCUCUUGUCUACAAUUUUUUUCCAAAUGGUUCGCUACAAAGUUUCAUAUUUCCACCCGACAACAAAGACCAUUUCAUGGGGUGGGAGAAGCUGCAACAAAUUGGUAUUGGUAUAGCCAAAGGAAUUGAGUAUCUUCAUCAGGGUUGUAACCAUCCAAUCAUUCACUUUGACAUCAACCCUCACAAUGUUUUGUUAGAUUGCUCCUUCACUCCAAAAAUUUCGGAUUUCGGUCUUGCCAAAUUAUGUUGCAAGAAUCGUAGUGCUGUGUCCAUGACAGCUGCUAAGGGAACCUUGGGAUACAUGGCUCCUGAAGUUCUAUCAAGAAAUUUUGGGAAUGUGUCUCUUAAGUCAGAUAUUUACCGUUACGGAAUAUUGUUGCUAGAAAUGGUUGGAGGGAGAAAAAAUGUAGACAUUUCAUCAGCAGAAGCUUUUCAUGUGUUAUAUCCAGAAUGGAUCCAUAACUUAUUAGAAGGAGAUGUACAUAUUCAUAUUGAGGAUGAAAGUGAUGUUAAAAUUGCAAAGAAACUUGCAAUUGUUGGACUUUGGUGCAUUCAAUGGCAACCAAUAAACCGUCCAUCGAUAAAAACUGUUGUGCAAAUGUUGAAAACCGGAGAGGAUAUUCAGUUAAUGGUACCUCCUAAUCCUUUUCGCUCGAUGACUUCAAUGACCAAUAAUGAUCAAUGCACUUUGGCAAGAACAACUUUCCAAAUGGAAGUGAUUCAUGAAUAAAGGAUAAUAAUAUUUUAUUAAUUAGUUCCACAUCAUUGGAAAGCAUUGGGUAUGUUAAUUUGUAAAAAUCCAGAAGUUGUAUUUAUGCUAGUA